UUUUUUCUUUUUUUUUCGUUAACUAAAAAAUAAAAUAUGGAUAAUAGCGGAGAAAAAGACGAUAUUCAAGUUCCAGAAUCUAAAAAAAAUGAAUUUAGUGGUUUUUUGAAAACUCUCUCUACUUUCACUGGCGAUAUCUACAGUCUAACGUGUCCCAGUUUUCUUUUAUCAGGCGUUUCAACACUAGAAUAUGGACAAUAUUGGGCAGACUAUCCUGAAUAUUUUGCUGCUAUCUCUCAACCAGCUGAUGAAUUGGAAAGAGCUGUUGCCGUGUUAAGAUGGUAUAUAAGUACUUUAUAUGGUUCUUUUGCAUCAAGAAAAGACAAAGAUAAAAUCGAAAAAAAGCCGUUCAAUCCUAUUCUUGGUGAACAAUUUUUGGCAAGAUGGGAAGAUAGAAAUGGAUCCGGUGAAACUAUAUUGUCUUCAGAACAAGUAAGUCAUCAUCCACCAAUCUCAGCAGUUUAUCUUGAAAACCAAAAAGCAGGUGUUUCAGCAAAUGGACAUACCGGACAGAAAAGUUCUUUCAAAGCAACUGCAGCUCGAAUUGAUGUCAUACAAGUAGGUCAUGUAAUAGUUCGUAUGAGAGAUCAUCCAGAGAAAUAUUUAAUUACUUUGCCAUCUUUACAAAUUCUUGGAUUAUGGAGAGGGGCUCCUUAUGUAGAAUUGAGCGGAACUAGCGUGAUUCAAUCUAAUAAUUAUAAUAUUUUAAUAGAAUUUAGUGGAAAGGGAUGGCUAUCGGGGGAUAAACACACUUUUAAUGGAGUAGUGCGCAAAAAUGGAUCAAAAGAGCAACUUUAUGUCGCUACUGGCACUUGGUCAGGGAAAUCUAACUUAGAAAAUUGUAGAACUAAUGAAAAAACAAUCUUCUUAGAUAUACAGAGCUCUCAAAGAGCGGUUCCUAUAAUUGCACCAGAAGAGGAUCAAAAUGCUUUGGAAAGUAGAAAAUUGUGGAAAUAUGUAUCACAAGCCAUUGACUCGGGAGAUUUUGCUACGGCUUCUAAACUAAAGGGUGAGAUUGAACAACGUCAGCGUGAUAAAGUUAAAAAUGGCGAAGAAACAAUUCUUCAAUACUUUGAUUGGGUAGAAGAUGAUCAAGUGUUUUUAAACCUUAAUAAUUUAAUUAAUAACAAAUAUCAGAUAGAAGAAAAAUACAGGGAGAAAGGUAGCUGGGUAUUUAAGAAGUUAUCAUUUGAACAAUAAUGAUAUUAAUUUAUAAUUAUUGGUUUAAUUGUAAAAUAUACCUAUUUGUGUUGCAACGCACCUCUUUUUAUUCCUACGAAUAAAUUUGUCUGCAAAAUUUCAAAAUAAGGUAAUAAUCACACAGAAAUACCAUAUAUAUUAAAUAUUUUCAUAUUUUGUUUUAUUUCACUUCAUUCUAAAUAGAAUUUAUUUUUUUUUAUAUAUUUUACUUAACUUAAAAUCCUUAAAAAUUGAGUUUUAAAUGGGUUAAAUUAACUAGUAUUCUAACUAUGUAGUACUUUUGAAUUAUA